GGCUGUGGGAGAUGCUGCAGCCUGUGGCUACUCGUGACCCAGCCUCAGCCCCUGGCGGGAGCAGCUCCCGCCCUGGCGUUACCCCAGGAAGGCUCCAGUGGUGGCUGAGCCCUGGCGGCUGCUCGCAGGCUCCAGGGCCUGGCUUGGGGCGACACGGGAGAGGUGGGCGCCCUUUGGCCUGGCCGGCUGCUCUCGCCCCGCCAUGGCUGAGCCAGCGCCCUGAGGAGAGGGCGCGGUGGUGGCAAGACGGUGGCUCUUGAAUGUGUGGCUUUGUCGUAAUGAGAUGCCGAGGGGCCAACCCAGAUGUCGUCUCUCUGCAGUCCUGGUUCCUAGAAGGCGUUGGGAUGCUCUUGCGAAUAGUCUCCAGAUUUAAACAAUUAGGGGACAGGAAACUGAGCAUUCCUGGGGUAAAUAGACUGUGGCUUUGGAAUUCGCUUUGCUGAUUUGUCCGGAAGAGCCCAGAUUUGUGGACAUUCAGGAUACUUUGGAAAGCACAUCUGGCAUAUGAAAGGCAUUUUGUGAGCCGGGCACAGGUCUGGCCUAAGGAUUUUGGGGACUGCCAGCAAGAUACCCAACCACACAUCAGGAAGCCCGGGUUUCUGCGGUACACCUUCAGCUCUGAUGAGGGACGUCGACAGCGACUACAUCUGAACACAGAUCCAGUGGGAUGGGAUGAGCGCUGGGACCCGAGCCUGGCAAGAUGGCAUGAACGUUCUCUUCAUAGUAGCGGAUGAUCUGCGUCCCGCUUUGGGCUGUUAUGGAGACAGCCUUGUAAAAUCUCCAAACAUUGACCAGCUUGCAUCUCGAAGCGUUGUGUUCCAGAACGCCUAUGCUCAACAAGCUGUGUGUGCUCCAAGCAGAGUGUCAUUUCUAACUGGACGCAGGCCUGACACCACACGGCUUUAUGAUUUCCACUCCUACUGGAGAGUACAUGCAGGAAACUAUUCCACAAUACCCCAGUACUUCAAGGAGAAUGGCUACACGACCAUGUCCGUAGGAAAAGUGUUUCACCCUGGGAUUUCAUCCAAUCAUAGUGAUGACUAUCCGUAUAGUUGGUCCCUUCCACCUUUUCAUCCCUCUGCUGAAAAAUAUGAAAACAGUAAGACUUGCAAAGGAAAAGAUGGAGAGCUUCAUGCCAACUUGGUUUGCCCAGUCGAUGUGGCAGAAGUGCCCUUGGGUACCUUGCCAGAUAUACAGAGCACUGAAGAGGCCAGACGCUUAUUGAACAUCAUGAAAAUAAAGAAGCGUAAAUUCUUCCUGGCUGUUGGUUAUCACAAACCACACAUCCCUCUGAGGUAUCCUCAGGAAUUUCUCAAGCUGUACCCGCUGGAAAACAUCACCCUAGCCCCAGACCCUCGGGUACCUGAAGAACUGCCUGCUGUCGCAUACAAUCCCUGGAUGGAUAUCCGACAAAGGGAGGACGUCCAGGCGUUAAACGUCAGCUUCCCUUAUGGACCAAUUCCAGAAGACUUCCAGCGGCAGAUUCGUCAGAGCUAUUUUGCAGCAGUUUCUUACCUGGAUACGCAGGUUGGCCUGCUGCUGAAUGCCUUGGAUGAUGUUGGGCUCUCGAAUAACACAAUUGUGAUGUUUACUGCUGACCAUGGAUGGUCUCUGGGUGAACACGGAGAAUGGGCGAAAUACAGCAAUUUUGAUGUCGCUACCCGAGUGCCACUGAUGUUCUAUGUACCAGGGAAGACGUCUUCCUUUGCUCGUCCAGGAGAGAGAAUCUUCCCCUACCUUGACCCCUUCACCCAUAUAUCGGACUCUGUAGCGGCAGGAAAAACCAAAAAAAUGGUUGAACUUGUAUCUCUCUUCUCAACGCUCGCGGAACUUGCAGGCCUGUGGGUUCCUCCCGUGUGCCCUGAGCCUUCAUUUCAUGUUGCGCUCUGCACCCAGGGGCCUAGUAUUGUCCAGUAUUUUAACUCCACUGAAGAAGAGGAUGACUAUGACAAUGACUAUGACACUGAAGAUGACCAUGAGGAGCCUAUAGCUUUCAGCCAGUAUCCACGACCUGCAGACAUUCCUGAAUGGGACUCUGAUAAACCAGAGCUGAAAGACAUAAAAAUAAUGGGGUAUUCCAUGCGUACCGUUGACUAUCGCUAUACUUUGUGGGUUGGGUUUAAUCCCAGUAACUUUAGUGCUAAUUUGCAGGAUGUCCAUGCAGGAGAGCUGUACAUGGUAGGAAGUGAUCCCAGUGAGGAUCAUAACAUAUAUAACAGUACUCUGCAUGGGAAUCUUGUCAAAAAGUUUCUUAGGUUCUUGAGGUGUUAGGUCUGGGGAUGCUCCCUGUGUGUGCACUCUUGUUGCUGAAGUAAUAUGACGUUUUCCUUUUUGUAUAAACUUUGUUGUACACAAAGCACCUGGCUGAAUUAAAAUCCUGUUUAUACAAAAAUA